GGCGUGUAGUUCAGUUGUGAACACGCAAACGUGCUGCAGGGAUUGUAGGUGUACCUCCUCGGGCUUGUGUACCCUUUUCUUGCUAAUAGUGUGUGUUAUUUAGAUCUUCUGAUGGCUCUAGCACUUUUGUGACCACGGACCGAGUCCUUGCUAGAUUAUGGGAUUAGCAACUGACACGCCGGAGGAAGCAACGCUGGAGGCGGAGGAGGCAGGACGGAGAAGGCCCCCCGGGGUUCUCGACAAAGAGACGAGGCGAAGGGUGUUAAACUACUUCGUGCUCCGCCCGCCAGAGGAGAAGGACGGGGACAACAAUCACAAGAGCGGCGGCGGCAGCAGCAGAAGCAACCCUUCGAACACUGCCCAACGUGAAGGUGAUAUUUGCGGCAGCGGGAGAGGAGUAAGGUUUCCGAAGCUUGCCCGCGGUGGUAGCAUCGCCAGCGGCACUAGCGGCGCGGGGAGCGGGAGAUUAUUCGUGGGCGUGCUCUCCCCCUGCCGCGCCCCUGCGUCUGGCUCCCCCCCCCGCCCGCCGGGCGCCGCCUCGCCUCCUCCUCCCCCGCGGCCGCCGCCGCCGCCAUACGCAUCUCCACCACCCAGGAGGGCGGGAAGAGAUGCCUUUAACACCGCCGAGCACAUCGACCAGGAACGGGCUGCCGCAAAUCGCGAGGAAGGGUUACCAGCAGCUGCUGCCGUACUUGCCAGCGACGCUGAACCGGAGACCGACAGCGGUACGGACAGGCCCGCCGGGGGAGAGAUUAGAGCCGCGGCAGCGGAGGGGGCGGCAGCAAGAAACGAGACGGAUGUCGUCGUGGUUGGGACGUCCGUUGGCGAGGAGGCGCCCGGUGCAGGAGAUGAAGGGUCUUCUUACCCAAGGACCGACGCAGGAGGGGUGCUUGGCGAAGAGGCCAAGGGCGAGGGGUCGACGAGGGGGUCGUGCAUCGUGUGCUUCGGCGACUACACCUACGGGGAAGAGCUGUGCCGGCUGCGGUGUGGCCACUUGUAUCACGCAAAGUGCAUCGACGAGUGGCUUGACGGAGAAAACCAUGGCUGGUGCCCGCUAUGCAAGACCGACAUCAUAUCCACAUCCGGCUACUUGAACCCCGCCGGCAGCAGCAUCAACAACAACGCUGUGCGUAGCGGCAUCACGGGCCAGGACACAAGACGGUGGGGCCAACACAUGCCCAACAAUAACUACACCGGGAACGACGCAGCAUGAUGGCGGAGCUCCGUGCCUGAGCGAGAUGCAACGAACAAAUCAUGUUUUUUUCUUUUUUGAGAACCAUCUUGGAGCUGAAGGUGCGUUUGUUUGCGGAUGGGGGCGUAGCAGCCAAGAAAGGCCUUUGGUGUAUGAAGGAGGGACGGGCGUGUGGCGCUGGAAGUCAAUGGAUGCUUUGAAAAUGUGUUCACGGCGUGUUUUUCGGGCGGGUGGUCAUCCUCGACUCCUGGCCCCAUGGAAGGGGAUAAUCCAAGGAUGGCUUUGUUUUGUUCAUGGGUCGGAGCUUUGGGACCCCAUAUUUACAGUUUGUAGUGAGGGGGGCGGGCAGAGCUUAAGAACUCGUUGUGUGUAGAAAGCUCGGCUAGGGGACGAAGGGGGGCUGUUAAAGAACGCCGUCGAAUGUGCAUAUUGUAUUUGGGGGAGAGGGAUGAAGUCCGGGGUGGGAGAGCCGAAUUAUUGUACACAAGAAAUGACAGGCAUGGCAUGCAAAACAUAUAUCAGAUGAGGGGCACGAGUUUUGGAUGAAGGUGGCGCAGUGACAAGCUCCACUGUUUUCUUUUUGUCAGCCACUCAGUUUGCGUCCCGGUGGAGUGUGUGCGCGCGUGUGCGUGCCUUUGUCAUUUGACAUGGACCGCGCGUGUGUUCUUUGCCACUCGUUUGUUUCUGUGUCGGCCGGUGUGUUACUGUUGUUGUUUUGCCUUCACCUUGCGCGUCAUUUUUGAUAUGGCGUGUCGAGCCUUCCUCUGGCUCGUAUUUGGUGCACGCACUAGAGAAGUGGACUGCCCGCGCUUUGAUGCUUCCGCCUCCUGCAAAGCGGUCUUGUUCGUCCGCGUGUUCAUUUGCUACUUGCAAUAUCCUUCGUAGUGUUCCGCCAACCCUGAUUCGACGGUGAUUUGAUCUGCUCGUGUGUGCACGCGGCACUACAUUUGUUUGCCAUAUCUCUAGUCUGCAGGCGUUCGUAUUCCGGGCCGCAUUUCCGUCAGGAUUUCGCUAUCUCGAUGUCUCAUGAGAUCCGGUGUCGCGUUGACGCAUCGUAGUAACAGAUCAAGAAAGGUGUGGAAUUCAAUGUUGUCUUGUGUGUAUUUUCAAGAAUUUAAGAAGAAGCCCAUGUCGCGGGGUCGCGAUGCGGUUUAGAAGUACUUUUAUCUUCUUCAAGUUGAUUUAUUUUGUAUGUGGGCCUAAGAGUGACGCAGCUUGCGUUGCCGCAGAGCGAUUUAAUGUCUUUCUAUGUAGGGGUCCCUCUUACAUGGCCUCAGCUUGUUGGUUCCAACGAAGGCGUGUACAGCAGCAGUGCAGAAAAAGAAACGUCACGACUACAAGGAGCGAUUCCUUUCUGCUGAAACCUGCUUCAUGAAGUUUUGUUGACCGUGGCUUCGCUAACGGAAAGAGUGAAAUUUGCGUCGAAAAGCUGCCUGAGCACCAGCGCGUCGGACAGAUUGAAGCCGCAACCGAACGGUGCACUCGUUGGUCUGCGUCUUAGUAAUCUCCGGAGAUGGUGUGGUCGCCGGUUGGUUAGUUGGUUGUGAUCGGCGCACCUUUCGCGCUGGCACGUAUGGUGCUGACACCCGGCCGUAUAGAAGCACGCUCCAGUGCGUGGAUGCUCGAUUUUGUAUACAGAUCAACGACAUGCCUUCGGUCGACGACAUGGGCAAAUAUGUGGUUUUGUAGAGGUUGGAAGUGUGGAAUCGACGACAAAAACGGCAGCAGCUUGUAUAGUAAGAAUGCCUCUUUU